UCUCUCUCUCUCUCUCUCUCUCUGGCCAACCAUGUCUGAGGCUGGGGCUGUAGAGGUGGGUGACAAGUAUCGAAGCCAUAUGUACGGAGAAGAAGAGAAAGACACAGAGUGGAGACAUGGAGGCCCUCCAAACUACGACAUUGUAAACAAGCUCUUCGAGGAGGGUCGAACCAAGGCAUGGCCAAAAGGCUCCUUGGAGGAGGUCGUGCAGAAUGCCAUCAAGUCGUGGGAGAUGGAGCUAUCGCACAAGACUCGAAUAAAGGAUUUCAAGACCAUCAACCCUGAAAAAUUCAACUUCAUCGUCAAUGGGAGGGAGGGGUUGUCGGCGGAGGAGACGCUGAGGCUGGGGAGCUACAACGCGCUGCUGCAGAGUUCGAUGCCGGAGGAGUACCGGCGGUGGUACAAGGCGGAGGAGGAGAGCUUCGAGUCGUCUCACGAGGUGUUCAGGAAGGCGUUCCCUCGAGGGUUCGCGUGGGAGGUGGUGGAGCUCUACUCCGGCCCCCCAGUCAUCGUGUUCAAGUACCGGCACUGGGGCUACAUGGAAGGCCCCUUCAGGGGAAAGGCCCCCACCGGCGAGAUGGUUCAGUUCACCGGCAUCGCCGUCCUUAAGGUAGAUGAGAAGCUUAGAGCAGAGGAUGUUGAGAUCUACUAUGACCCGAGUGAGUUAUUUGCGGGCCUUCUCAAAGGGCCAUUGGUGUCCAUUGACGAUCAUCAGGUGCAGGUGCAAGUGCGAGGCUCAUCAUCAUCAUCUUGCCCCUUCUCCAAGGGAAGCGAAUGAUCGUUUAAUUUUAGAGAGUCCUUUAUUUAAGCUUAUUGUUGCUGAAUGAACCCCGCGCGUAUCUAAUAAACUGCUUAAUCUUAUUCUUAUCUAGUCAUGCCUUUACGUGGUGACAUAUUUUCUGGCUGUAUGAAAUCAUUAAGCAGCUUCCAAGUCUGUUUGUCGUUGGUUGGUCAUUCUAUAUUAUUAAAUGCAUUACUAUAGAG